UUGGGUUGGAGUUGCGUAUUGUAGGGCAGGGUACGGUUUUGUUGUUGUAGCAAAACAAAAAGGUUAAAGAACCCGUUCCCGUAUUGCACUAAAAAGUGGUGAAGAGAAUAUUUAAUUGAAGGUGUUGCAUGAGGUAGGUUGCUGGGUGUCCCUCCCUGCCAUGAGAGCUGACCAGGUCCCCAUCUCCACCUCCUCGUGCAGUUGAUGGAUCUGCAGCUGGUCUGGAGAUGACAGACAGUGCCAGGGCCUUCCUCCGCAAUGUUGCGACGGGAAUUAAGGACUCCAUUUUCGGGAUUGGAACUAUUUCCAAGCUGGAUGCCCGCAUCCAACAGAAAAGGGAGGAGCAGCGAAGGAGGAGAGCCAGUGGGGCCCUGGCUCAGAGACGGGCCCAGAGUGAGGAACGCAAACAGGAGAGUGAACCUAAAUUAGCCAGUAGGAUCUUUCAGUGCUGUGCGUGGAAUGGGGGAGUGUUCUGGCUCAGUUUGUUCCUCUUCUAUCGGGUGUUUAUUCCACUGCUGCAGACUCUGACAGCAAGAAUCAUUGGUGAUCCUUCUCUCCAUGGCAACGUCUGGUCCUGGUUGGAGUUUAUAUUGACUUCAGUGUUCAGUGCUCUUUGGGUGCUCCCUCUGUUUGUGCUCAGCAAAAUAGUAAAUGCCAUCUGGUUCCAGGACAUAGCAGACCUGGCGUUUGAAGUGUCUGGUCGGAAGGCCCAGCCCUUUCCUAGCGUCAGUAAGAUCAUUGCUGACAUGCUCUUCAACCUCCUCCUCCAAGCACUCUUCCUGAUUCAGGGUAUGAUUGUGAGUUUAUUCCCCAUUGACGCAAUUGGACAGAUGGUUAGCCUUCUCCACAUGUCUCUGCUCUACUCCCUCUACUGCUUUGAGUAUCGCUGGUUCAACCAUGGCAUCGAGAUGCACCAACGGCUAUCCAACAUUGAGAGAAACUGGCCCUACUACUUUGGAUUUGGUCUCCCCAUGGCUCUGUUGACUGCUCUCCCCUCUUCAUAUAUAAUCAGUGGCUGUCUGUUCUCCAUCCUGUUCCCUCUGUUCAUCAUUAGUGCUAACGAGGCCAAGACUCCAACCAAACUAUACCACUUCCAGCUCCGCCUCUUCUCUCUGGUCGUGCUGAUUAGCAACAAGCUUUUCCACAAGACAGUCCACCUGCAGUCCUCACUGAUCUCUUCCUCCUCCACUGAGAAACUGCCCCUCUCCCCCCACACCUCACCUGCCCGCCAGAGGCCCCUGCCCUCCCAGUGACUGCAACAGGGGAGCAGCUCAGAAGCUCUGUUCACUAAACCAAUGGAUGAGCUGUUGAUUUUGUUGGGAAGGAUCUCUGGUAAUGUUGGGCGGAGGAUAGUGGAAUGACAUUUGUUUGGUUAAAGGGGGGGUUUGUGUGAUAUUAGAUUUGAUUGACUGCCCUGUGCCUCACACUUAAACACAUUAUUAUAUCUUUCUCUUGUAUUGUUUUUUUUUAAUGUAUGAUGUGCCAUUUGAGUGCUUUAAAUACAUCAUAAGCGGUCAUAUACAUUGCUAUCCUUUUUUUGCUUCGCUCUUUUCAAUUCCAACUCAAAUGUUUAUCUAUUCCUUGUUUUAAUGUUUUUUAUCCAGUGACUGAUCCACAAAUGCUUUGUUUAAAACGCUCUGUGGAAGAGAGAAAUUAUUUUCUUCUAGGAUUUCUUACAUUAUAUUCUGAAUGACAGAUGGAGCCUUUGACACUGGUCACAUAAUUCUGUGUAUUUUUUUGUAAAUAAGCAGAGAUAAAACCAGUGACUAUAGAUGUUCAUCAAAGUGAGACUAAAACAAGCAUUUUUUUCCCUCCAUUGACGGUGGUGACACUUGCAGUGUUCAGACGUGAAGCACAAGUGUUGUCUGUUGAUGUAAAUGUUUCUGCAUGCCGCUGUGGCUGCAUGUUAACAGGCAGUCCACUGAAGAGCUUGUAUCUUUUUUACCUUUUACAAAUCAUUUGUUUUUGUUCAAUCACAUCAGAUAUUUACACAUCAACCAUUUCAGAGCUAAUUUGACUGGACAAAAGACAAAUUACUUAUUACAAAAGUUCAAAACUGCAAUGUCUAUGUAAACACUUUAAGUGGCAUUCCUCUAAACCUGAUAGAAUGUUGCAUAGUUCAUAAAUUGCUGUUUUGUCUGUGAAGCCAGGGUCUGAUUGAUGCUCCUCGGGCUGGAAAAACCCAGGAGUAUUCUUACACGGCGGGAUUACAAGGGAUUUAUUUUUCAUAUUUAUUUUGAAAGUGCUUUUUGACUGCAAGUUGGGGUGUUUUUAUUUGUAUACUGUCAGCAUGUGAGCUGGUCUAAACAUCCCACAAGAAAGGAAAAGUAUCCUUAACAAAUCAACGUGUGAUUUUUGGAACUAAAGCGAGCUGUUUUAAAUAAUAGGUUUUUCUAAAUAUGUUAUUAGACAAGUGAAGCUGUAUCACUAUGCUGCUGGGUCAGAUCAGACGAAACUGCCAAAUUGCUUUUUAUUUCAGUUUGAUUUCUGAUUGGACACAAAGCACUCUAGUGCUAGAAACUAGGAAACUAGGAAUAUCUCACUGACCUAAGUUCUGACUGAAGGGAGAAAGGAUGUGGCUGUGUUAUUUACCCCCUUGAGCAUUGGCAAGUCUAAAUUGGUGGUGUGGUCUUCAUGUUUUACCCUUGGCUUUGAAUGUUAAACCAAAAUCUCCCCAUCAGGGUGGCCAUCAUCUGGCUUUCACCUAGUCAUCUUAUAACAGCAGUUGGGCAGGCAGGUGUUUUGAAACAGUAUGUAAUACUUGUAAAAAGAGUAUAGUGUUUAUGUAUGCAGAUUGAUAUUUGUGAAAGUGUUUUUGUAAAAGUAUUAAGCCUAAUUUCAAUAAAAUGGUCUGUACUACA